AAUUACCCUUAACAAUCAAGUUGAAUAAUUCAAUACAGUAUUCUUGAAUGCUUUUAUUGUAAUCAUAAUCACACAUGCACACUGUCACCAUGGUAGCAGGAUUAUGAUGCAUACUGUACAGUGUUUAUACAGUGGUAUCUAUCGUAUUUUAGACCAAAUGUAAAGUAAAUAUGAUAUAUUCUGGAUAGACAUAAUGCAUUAAAUGUUAUAUAAAUUGUAGUAAAUGUACUUUGGAGUGCGGUACAAUAUAUUUUCUUACAACCUAAAUAUAAUACUUUAUGGUAACGAAAAGGUAUUUUUUGCAUUUGAUAUUUUUUAAGAUGUAAAAUCAUUUUCUAAUCAUGCAAUAUUCUCCAAUUGUUAUAAGGAAUAUCAUUAAUUUAUGAGUUUUUGUUUUUUUUAACAUUUGCUGACGUCAUAAUCACAGUAUUUAAGAAGUAUGUAAAUAUGUGACAAACUGCUGAUUAACAUUACAUGUAACUACAUGAAAUUACAAUAGAUCAGCAACACCGUAUAAUGAACAAAUACAAAAUAUUGCAAUAUAUUGACAUUGUGUGUAUAAAUAUGACUAUAAAUGCAUGCACAUGCAAAAAAGUGUGACGUCAUGAGUCCAUAUUAUGACGUGCACCGUCUCCACAGCUCAAGCAUCACACACACACACACACACACACUCUGGACAAGCAUACUCCGUGUGCUUCUUCUUCAUGAGCUUGUUUAUGCAUUUUAAAAGAUAACCAACAACAAGAUUACAGGUGAGCACUUUCACUUACAUUUCAAAGAUGAUGUCUAUAUUUUUAUUCACAAUUGAUUCUUGUUUUAGUUUGUGAGUUUGAGUGAGGAUGAGGAAGAUCAAUCUCCAUCUGCUUGUCAUGUUCUUUUUCUCAAGCAGCAGGGCGGAAAGUGCAGAAGAGCGUUUAGUGAACGACUUGUUGGGUCCGCAGCGCUACAACAAACUGAUCAGACCUGCAGUCAAUACGAGUCAGCAGGUCAUCAUUUCUAUUCGUGUUUCUUUGUCUCAACUUAUCAGUGUUAACGAGCGAGAACAGAUCAUGACGACUAACGUGUGGUUGUCUCAGGAGUGGAAUGAUUUCAGACUGAGGUGGGAUCCUGACAAGUACGAAGGCAUCAAGAAACUAAGAAUACCAUCCAAACUCCUCUGGCUUCCUGACAUCGUGCUUUACAACAAUGCUGAUGGCGUGUACGAAGUGUCCUUCUACUGCAACACGGUGGUGUCCAACACAGGGGACAUCGUGUGGUUGCCGCCCGCCAUCUACAAGUCAGCCUGCGCCAUCGAAGUGCAGAACUUCCCCUUUGACCAGCAGAACUGCACCCUAAAGUUCCGCUCCUGGACUUAUGAUCACACAGAAGUGGACCUGAUGCUCACCAGCGACUUCGCCAGCCGUGACGACUUCACGCCCAGUGGAGAGUGGGACAUUGUGUCGCUUCCUGGACGCAAGAAUGAGGACCCAAAUGACAUCACUUACUUGGACAUCACCUAUGACUUUGUUAUCAAGAGGAAGCCGCUCUUCUACACAAUCAAUCUGAUCAUUCCCUGCGUGCUCAUUACCUCUUUGGCUAUUUUGGUCUUCUACCUGCCGUCAGACUGUGGUCAGAAGAUGACUUUGUGUAUUUCAGUGCUGCUGGCGCUCACUGUGUUUCUGCUGCUUAUUUCCAAGAUUGUACCACCCACCUCGCUGGCAGUGCCACUCAUUGGUAAAUACCUGAUGUUUACUAUGGUGUUGGUCACAUUCUCCAUCGUGACCAACGUUUGCGUCCUGAACGUUCAUCACCGCUCUCCAUCCACCCACCACAUGCCUAAGUGGGUCAACCGCCUCUUCCUGGUCCAACUCCCCACAUUACUUUUCAUGAGGCGUCCAGGUGUGACUAACGUCCGUAAAAGAGUCAAGAGGAUGUGUGCGGAACGCAACGCCGUCAGAAAGAAUCCUUCUCAGACGGCAAGAGAUAAGCGACACUUGUCUAACGUCAACCUGAGUGAAGUUCGGACUAAUGCCAACUCCUUCUAUGUGAACGCAAACUGGGCCCACAAGUAUUGCUGGAGGCUGGGAGACAUCCCGGACGUCGGGUAUGGAUGUCCAGACGUCCACAGGCCUUUGACCACCCAGUGGGAAGCUGAUGUGCAGGAGGCGGUGGAGGGAGUGAAAUACAUUGCUGAGCACAUGAAGAAAGAAGAUGAUGACGAAGGAAUAAUAGAGGACUGGAAGUAUGUUGCCAUGGUGAUAGACCGCUUGUUUCUUUGGAUCUUCAUCUUGGUGUGUGUGGUCGGAACACUGGGGCUCUUCAUGCAGCCGCUGUUUCAAAGCUACAACACACCCGUCGCUGAGGACGCGGAGUAUGGAGAUUUCUAGGAUGACUUUGAAUUUGCUCAACUUAAACUGAGAUGCUCUGCCAGGUGCUCUCCUGGGCGAGUUGGUGUAAAGUCAGCUGCCAGCUGGCCCGUGUGUAUUGUCAAGGUAGAAACCAUGACACACUGUGUAUUUAUAUCUGUAUUUAUAUUAGGGAUGCACGAUAAAUAUUGGACCAAUAAUUAUUGAGCUGCUAGGAAUAAUUAUGGCGCCACAACAUAAAAACAUAGCUCAGACCAUCUUCAAGUCGCUUUCUGACAGUCGCUUCAGGAUGCGCCGUUUUGAGGGCGGUCUUAUUUACGUGGCUCACGCUCGGUGUAGCGUGCAAGGACGGGAGUGGAAGAAGUGUCAAAAGAUGGAGCUAACUGUUUUAAUGACAUUCAGACUUUACUUCAAUUGAUAACGGAGCAGUCACUAGUGGCUCACUAGUGCAAUAACAAUGCUGGAAAUGUGUCCCGUGAAAAACCGUCCGACCGGAACUCUCUAAUAAUUAAAGUUCCGUGGGUGAGUUAUGUAAACUUCCGUGACCCCGAAAGGGUCAUGAAUGACUACUGUGUUUUUACUGUCCCUAUUCUGUGUUUUUAUCAUCUUUCUUGUCUGCUUCUAUCCUUUUUCUACUGUUUCUACCACCGUCUACUGUGUUUCUGCUAUCUGUCCACUGUGUACACUACCGUUCAAAAGUUUGGGGUCACCCAAACAAUUUUGUGGAAUAGCCUUCAUUUCUAAGAACAAGAAUAGACUGUCGAGUUUCAGAUGAAAGUUCUCUUUUUCUGGCCAUUUUUAACGUUUAAUUGACCUCACAAAUGUGAUGCUCCAGAAACUCAAUCUGCUCAAAGGAAGGUCAGUUUUGUAGCUUCUGUAACGAGCUAAACUGUUUGCAGAUGUGUGAACAUGAUUGCACAAGGGUUUUCUAAUCAUCAAUUAGCCUUCUGAGCCAAUGAGCAAACACAUUGUACCAUUAGAACACUGGAGGGAUAGUUGCUGGAAAUGGGCCUCUAUACACCUAUGUAGAUAUUGCACCAAAAACCAGACAUUUGCAGCUAGAAUAGUCAUUUACCACAUUAGCAAUGUAUAGAGUGUAUUUCUUUAAAGUUAAGACUAGUUUAAAGUUAUCUUCAUUGAAAAGUACAGUGCUUUUCCUUAAAAAAUACGGACAUUUCAAUGUGACCCCAAACUUUUGAACGGUAGUGUAUGUAACAGGGUCAAUUAUGUCAUGUAAACAUAAUGUAUUUUAUAAUGUUGUAUAGGGUUGUAUGGUACUACAGUAUCCUUUUAAGGCCCAAGCUGUUUGUUUACAUGCUUUUUUUAUUUCUCUUUGCUAUUUGGGCUUAUUGGACCCUAAUUAGAAUAAAAACCUAAGAGUCAUCUUUUGAUAUGAUGUACUUAGUCCAUAAGUACACAAACGUGUACUUCAUGUUUAGUGACAUGCUAAUUAUUAUUUUUACCCUUUUUUUUCUCCAAAUUCCAUUGUAUGUUAUACUCUUCUGACACCACCAGAUGGCAGUAUAAGUGUCCACAUAAGCGGCCAUAAGACCCCAAUUCAGUAGUGUACACAAUUUUGGAAAUAAGAGCUAAAAGGUGCUGUCCACACAUGUGGCCGCUAAGCCUUUAGAGGUUAAAGUACCGCAAUACUAAUUAAUCAUAUUCGGUACUAUACCACCUCUGAAAAGUACCGGUCUCGCACCCUCCCUCGCCCCAGUCAUCGUCACGUCAUGACAUUGCUGGUUUUACGAGCAGAGGAGCAUGUUCAGCAGUGCACACACACAGAGUACUUACAAGCAGACACAGUGUGUAGACAGAAAAGGGAGAACGGACACAUUUUGGCUUAAAAAGUAAAGAUAAAUGUGAAGUUAUAACACUGAAACGCUCUCAGGAAGAGGUGCUUUAAGACAUGGCUAGCUAGUUAGCGGCUAACAUCCAUCCACAGUGUUUUAGCUACUUCUAAAUCACUAAUCCUCGCCUCCAUGGCGACAAAUAAAGUAUCAAUCAAUCAAUCAAAGUUUAUUCAUAUAGCCCUAAAUCACAAGUGUCUCAAAGGGCUGCACAAGCCACAACGACAUCCUCGGCUCAGAUCCCACAUCAUGGUAAGGAAAAACUCAACCCAUUGGGAUGACAAUGAGAAACCUUGAGGGGACCGCAAAUGUGGGGACCCCAAACAGAAGAAUAAGUGAUUAUUACAUUUUAACAGAAGUGUAGACAGAACAUGUUAAAAGAGAAAGUAAGCAGAUAUUAACAGUAAAUUGACAAGUAGAUUAAUAAUUAAUUUUAUACCACUUGUCCUUAAUAAUGUUGACAGAAUAAUAACAUUGGAAAAUAACACAAUAUGUUACUGCAUAUGUCAGCAGCUAAAUUAGGAGCCUUUGUUUGUUUACUUACUAAUAAAAGACAAGUUGUCGUGUAUGUUCACUAUUUUAUUUAAGGACAAACUUGCAAUAAUAAACAUGUUUAAUGUACCGUAAGACAUUUUGUUCAAAUAAAGCCAAUAAUGCAAUUUUUUUUGGUCCCCCGAAAAGUCUCUAAAUAAUUUUGGUACCAAUACCAAAAUAUUGGUAUCGGGACAACACUAAUGUUGUAUUAUUGCUAUAAUUACACAAAAUGUGUA